AUGGGCCUGGAGCUGUACUUGAAUCUCCACUCUCAGACCUGCCGAGCUGUCCACAUUUUUUCCAAGAAGAACAACAUUGCAUUUGAGUUUAAGUUUAUUGAUCUGUUAGCAGGUCAGCAGUUCAGUGAGGAAUUUGGAAAAGUUAAUGUUCUGAGACUGGUGCCAGUGAUAAAGGAUGGAGACUUCACCCUGGGCGAGAGUGUGGCGACUCUGAAAUAUCUGGCAUGUAAAUACCAGGUUCCUGACCACUGGUACCUGGCCGACCUCCAGAAACGGGCUCGAGUGGAUGAAUAUCUAGCUUGGCAGCACACCACCAUUCGGUAUCAGGGAUCCAGGAUUUUCAUGUUCAGGAGCCUGUUGCCAGCUUUAACUGGGCAGCCAAUUCCCAAGGAUAGAAUGGACGAAGCCCUAGAGGGUCUACGAAAAUCAAUCCAGAUCCUUGAAGACAAGUUCCUUCAGGACAAACUAUACAUCACGGGAGAGAAAGUGUCCCUGGCAGACCUAGUCGCUCUCGUUGAACUGAUGCAGGUGAGAGAAUCGCAGCCGGCUUGA